GUGGUGGAGCAUAUGUAGGGGCAGUGAUUCUGUCGUUAGCAACAUUUUCCACUAAAUCUCACUAUAUUUUCCUUGAAACAAUCAUGGAGUUUCUGUGCAAACAAAGUCGUCAACGGUCUAGAGCCUCAUUAACACAAAUUGUUUCAACUACAAAACUCUCUGGAUAUUUCUAGUCGUUUCAUGCAUCGGUGAGAUUAUGCUGAUGGUUUUACUCUUCACUGUGGAAUCGAAUUGAUUGGACUGGUUCUUGAUGAUUAUACUGAUGGUUUAUUUGUUUUCAAUUAGUGUAUUGAGCCCAUUUAUUGGUUAUGUGUUCUUGAUUGUAUAUGUUGGUUACAAUCAGCCUAACCAAUGUCUUGCUCAUCAAGACCUUUGGGGCAACGGAUAAUUAUAUUCGGAAAAGACGUGCUCCAGUUUUUUUUUUUUUUUUUGGGUCAAACUAUUCCCCUCAAUAAUGUUGGUCAUUAAUUAAGUUUCAUUUAUACAAUAAUAUAUGGUAAAGGAAACAUACAUGGAGUUUCCCUACCAGGCUGCCAAUAUAGUCAACGUUGUGUAUCCAUUUACACAAAGCCUCUUCCUCUUUCUUAAUCCUUCAUCUAUCUAAGAUCUUGAUUCACUCUAUACCAUACUAAUGAAUUCUGCUUCUUUUUUCCUGGUCUUAGUCGCAGCCGCUAUAGGUUUCUUCAUGCUUUUCAGAAAAUUCAAAUUCCAACAAGAGAGCAAAGAUACUAAAGCUUCUUCUUUAUCUCUUCCAUCUCCUCUAACUUCUGUGUCUCGAAUCUGGAAACAUGAUGUAUUCCCGAGCUUCCAUGGGGCAGAUGUCCGAAGAACCCUUCUUAGCCACAUCAUGGAAUCGUUCAGAAGAAAGGGAAUUGACACAUUCAUUGAUAAUAAUAUAGAGAGGAGUAAGCCGAUCGGUCCUGAGCUCAAAGAAGCUAUCAAAGGAUCGAAGAUUGCGAUAGUCUUGCUCUCCAAGAACUAUGCUUCUUCUUCCUGGUGUCUUGAUGAAUUAGCGGAAAUCAUGAAGUGCAGGGAAGUGUUGGGUCAGAUAGUCAUGACUAUUUUUUAUGAAGUGGAUCCAACUGACAUAAAGAAACAAACCGGAGAUUUUGGAAAAGCCUUCAGAAAAACAUGUAAGGGUAAAACCAAAGAGCAUAUUGAGAGAUGGAGAAAAGCUUUGAAGGAUGUGGCCAUAAUCGCCGGAGAGCAUUCUCGCAACUGGAGCAAUGAAGCGGAGAUGAUUGAAAAGAUAUCCAUUGAUGUUUCAAACAUGUUGAAUUUAUCCAUACCAUCAAGUGAUUUCGAUGAUUUUGUUGGGAUAACAGCUCAUAUGGAAAGGAUGGAAAAGUAUUUAAGCCUAGAUUUGGAUGAAGUAAGGAUGAUUGGGAUUUGGGGUCCGCCUGGGAUUGGUAAGACGACCAUCGCUACAUGUAUGUUUGACCGAUUCUCCAGCAGAUUCCCACUUGCUGCAAUCAUGGCGGAUAUCAGAGAAUGCUAUCCAAGACUUUGUUUGGAUGAGCGUAAUGCACAAUUGAAACUACAAAAACAAAUGUUGUCUCUUAUUUUCAAUCAGAAAGAUAUAAUGAUUUCUCAUUUAGGAGUGGCACAAGAACGUUUGAAAGACAAGAAAGUGCUUCUCGUUCUUGAUGAAGUAGAUCACUCAGGACAAUUAGAUGCCUUGGCGAAAGAAAUUCAAUGGUUUGGUCCUGGAAGUCGGAUUAUUAUCACAACAGAAGAUCUAGGAGUUUUGAAGGCCCGUGGGAUCAAUCAUGUUUACAAAGUGGAUUUUCCAUCAAAUGACGAGGCUUUUCAAAUCUUCUGUAUGAAUGCCUUUGGUCAGAAACAACCAUAUGAAGGUUUCCGUAAGCUAGCUUUGGAAGUUAUGGCUCUAGCUGGUGAGCUCCCUUUGGGAUUGAAGGUUCUAGGCUCCGCUUUGCGAGGGAUGUCCAAGCCAGACUGGGAAAGGGCACUACCAAGGUUAAAAACUAGCCUCGACGGAAAAAUAGGGAGCAUUAUACAGUUCAGUUACGAUGCCUUAUGUGACGAAGAUAAAUAUCUAUUUCUUUAUAUAGCCUGCCUUUUUAUAUACGAAUCAACAACCAAAGUGAAAGAGCUUCUUGGAAAGUUCUUGGAUGUGAGGCAAGGUCUUUACGUAUUAGCUCAGAAAUCUCUCAUAUCCAUUGAUGGAGAAACAAUCAAGAUGCAUACUUUGCUAGAACAAUUCGGAAGAGAAACUUCCCGUAAACAAUUCGUUCGUCAUGGCUUUACAAAACGUCAGCUUUUGGUUGGUGAAAGGGAUAUAUGUGAAGUGCUUGAGGAUGAUACAACAGAUAGUAGACGUUUUAUAGGGAUAAAUUUAGAUUUAUCUAAGACUGAGGAAGAAUUGAAUAUAAGUGAGAAAGCACUUGAAAGAAUGCAUGAUUUUCAAUUCGUUAGAAUCUAUGGUGAUGAUCUUGGCCAGACUAAGAGACUGCAAUCAGUAUUGCAAGGUCUGAUUUACCAUUCUCAAAAGAUUAGAUCACUGAAUUGGAGAUAUUUCCAGGAUAUAUGUUUGCCUUCUACUUUUAAUCCUGAGUUUCUCGUCGAACUAAAUCUGCAAGACAGCAAGCUUCAGAAGCUAUGGGAAGGAACUAAACAACUUAAAAAUCUCAAAUGGAUGGAUUUGGGUGGUUCUAGAGAUCUGAAAGAGCUUCCCGAUCUUUCAACAGCAACUAAUCUCGAAGAAGUAGAUCUCCAAUAUUGCUCAAGUUUAGUGGAACUUCCGUCUUCUAUUGGGAAUGCAACCAAACUUGAGCGACUGUAUCUUCGUGAUUGCUCAAGUUUAGUGGAACUUCCCUCUAUUGGGAAUGCAUCCAAACUUGAGCGGUUGUAUCUUGAUAAUUGCUCAAGUCUUGUGAAGCUUCCCUCCUCUAUCAAUGCCUCUAAUCUCCAGGAAUUGUCUCUAAAAAAUUGUUCACGUGUUGUGGAGCUCCGUAUCGAGAAUGCGAGUAAAUUGUGGGAAUUAAAUCUCCUAAAUUGCUCAAGUCUACUAGAGCUCCCUCCUUCUAUUGGAACUGCCACAAAUCUGAAGGAAUUGUAUAUCAGUGGAUGCUCAAGUCUCGUGAAACUCCCCUCCUCUAUUGGAGAUAUGACUAAACUCAAAAAGUUUGAUCUAUCCAACUGCUCAAGUCUUGUGGAGGUUCCAUCCGCUAUAGGAAAACUUCAAAAAUUGUCUAAGUUGAAAAUGUAUGGAUGCUCAAAGCUAGAGGUUCUUCCAACAAAUAUCGACUUGGAAUCUCUCCGUACACUUGAUCUCAGAAAUUGCUCCCAGUUGAAAAGAUUUCCUGAGAUCUCCACAAACAUUGCGUAUCUCAGGCUCACAGGAACUGCAAUAAAAGAAGUUCCUUUGUCGAUCAUGUCAUGGUCUCGUCUUUAUGACUUUGGGAUUUCAUACUUUGAAAGCCUCAAGGAAUUCCCGCAUGCUCUUGACAUCAUCACGCAGCUGCAGUUGAACGAAGAUAUACAAGAGGUUGCUCCAUGGGUCAAGGGAAUGUCUCGUUUACGUGUGCUUAGACUCUACAACUGCAACAAUCUGGUAUCACUCCCACAAUUUUCAGAUUCCCUAGCUUACAUAGAUGCAGACAAUUGUCAAUCCCUUGAGCGACUGGAUUGUACCUUUAACAAUCCAGAUAUUCAUCUCAAAUUCCCCAAAUGCUUCAAUUUGAAUCAAGAAGCCAGAGACCUCAUCAUGCACACAUCGACUUCGGAAUAUGCGAUCUUACCGGGUACACAAGUGCCUGCCUGCUUCAAUCACCGAGCUACUGCUGGGGGUCUCGUGGAAUUCAAGUUGAAUGAGUCGCCUCUUCCUAGAGCCUUGAGAUUUAAGGCUUGUUUCAUGUUUGUUAAGGUUAAUGAAGAAACUGGUGAUGGUUGGAGUUCGAUAAAUGUAUAUCAUGACAUCAUGGACAAUCAGAAUGGUCUCAAUGUUCGGCGUAAACCAAGGAAGUGUUAUAUAGAUCGAGUUUUAACAGAGCAUAUCUACAUAUUUGAAGUUAGAGCAGAGAAGGUGACUUCCACUGAGCUUUUCUUUGAGGUCAAAACAGAGAAUGAUAGCAAUUGGAAGAUUAGAGAAUGCGGGCUAUUCCAAAUCUUGGAGGUCCCUUCAUGUUGAUGAGCAUCGAUGGAGGAGAUAAGGAGAUAUUUGCAAAACAAAGAUAGAGAGACGAGGAGAAAAAAGAAAGAAUCUUAAAAUCUUAAAGAUACAAUUCAACACUGGGAAAAAUAGAAAAGAGAAAACAUAUAUAGAGGAGUCGGAUUUGUUUUCAUUUUUAAGUUUAUGUGUUCCUUUCUCUGUUUUUUGUUUUAAUAUUUGAUUAAUAUGUUUUCUUCAAAAAAAAAAAAAUAUUUGAUUAAUAUGUUGUGAUAAUGGAAUGCACAGACAAAUUUCAGCAGACGAGCAAGUCUUGUUGUUGCAGUCAUAAAGAGUAAAUCAAAAGUGUCUCAUCUCA